UUCAUCCGGCGCUGUAGAAGACGGCCAGAUCAGUGAAUUAGUAACGCACCAUGGCGGACGCGGGAGGAGGGAAAAUUAGAACCAGGAGGUACCAUAUCGCUUCCAAACCCUACGCCAAAGGCAAACAGCAGCAAGGUAUUAUUGGCAGAGUGACCGACACAGUGAAGAAUAUAGUUCCUGGCUGGUUACAAAAAUACUUCAAGAGUAAUGAGCCAACAUCAGCAGAGGGAGAUGUUGAGGAAGAAGCAGAUGGACGGGAGAACCAUGACAUUCAGAUUCAAAACAACCAGGGUCACACGGAAGAGGAGGUGCUGCCAUUUUCUGACAGAAGGCACACACCUGAACCCUCAACCAGUAAUGCAGAGCCAUCUACAAGCCAGUCUGCAUUGAAUUUAAGUAUCCUGCCAAGACCACCGCUCAAUCGAAGUCAUAAUUUCGCCACACUGAAUUCCCCUUCACUUCAUUGUCAGCCUUCCACGUCCGCAGCAUUUCCCAUUGGCAGUUCAGGCUUCUCCCUGAUAAAGGAGAUCAAAGACUCUACCUCUCAGCACGAAGAUGACAACAUCUCAACCACCAGUGGCUUCUCCUCUAGAGCAUCUGAUAAAGAUGUGACCACUUCAAAAAACAUGUUUGUGCUGCCUGUGUGGUCCCCUGAAGCUGAUCGUUCUCAAUCAGUCCCACAACAAGCUGGAACCAGCUUGAGAAAGCCGGCUUUUAACCUGUCUGUCUUUGGAGGGUCAUCCACAUCCCUUGCAAGCACUUCUGCGCUGAAUUCUAGUCAGCUUGGAGACUCUAUGUUUUAUCCUGGCAAAACAACAUACGGUGGGGCAGCUGCAGUGAGGUCCCCAAGUUCGAGAGUUCGGGGUACACCUUACCAGGCACCUGUAAGAAGACAGAUAAAAGCAAAACAGAUUCACUCUCCGUGUGGAGUAACGAGUGCCACAGCACGGAGAAUUCUUCAGUCUUUAGAAAGGAUGUCCAGUCCUUUAGCAGAUGCUAAAAGAAUCCCAUCACCCUCAUCAUUGCCAUUGUCUCCAAUGCUGAAUAGGGGUGAAUUAGAAGUCACUCAUUUCAAGUCAAAAAGAAAGAGUGAUGCACAACACCCUCCUGUCCAGAAGCUUGUGACACCAAAGGCUGCUUCUGUAGCAGUGAACAAAUCUAUGUUUUUCAAACCCUCUUUAACGCCGACAGGUCAUUCAAGUAGUUCAGCUGACAGGGGGGGAAGACAAACUAAGCAUGUUGAGCCAGAAAUAUCGCUGCAACACCCGAAAAGCACAAGCAGUUUUUCAUACCCAUUGUUCAGCACUCCUGCAGCCAAUGGAAUGGAUUCUGGAGGGGCAGGUGGGAAGAUGAAGAGGGAGAGGGGCAUCCGUGCCUCCUCAAAACCUGCGCAGGACCAAGAGGAAGUGGAAAUUCCAAAUCUGCCACAUAUUUCUUUGCCUGUGAGGAUAUCGACUUUACCGACCUUGAACUUUUGCUGUCCUACAAAUACAUCCCCCUCUGUGACGACGACUCCAGUAGCUAAUAAGGUACCGCCUGCCGCCUCUAUUCAGAAUCGCACUGGUUUCACCUUCUCAUCACCGAUUUUUAAAGCAACUGAGACGAGUCCGCUACCUCUUACACCCUCUGCUGGAUUUACAUUUAGCGCACCGGUUCCUAAAACAGUUGCAUCUGACCUGAGUGAAACAACAUCAACGCCUUCAGCCACACCAGUUAAGAACUCCUCCACAUCUUCAUCUGCUGUUGGCACUCCGGUGAAUACAAAUGAUGAGGACUUUGAAGGUCCAUUCAGACCAGCAAAAGCUUUAAAACAGGGCAGUGUGCUUGACAUUUUAAAAGGACCUGAUUUUUCUUCAUCUCCUGCUGGAAGCACAGCAGUUCCAGUGAAGCCUUUCCAGAUGACUUCCACAAGCUCACCAACUGGGGGGUUUGGGUUUGGGGACAAGUUUAAACCUGCAACGGGUUCCUGGCAAUGCGAUGCUUGUCUCUUGCAAAAUAAACCCAGUGACAGCAAAUGUGUUGCAUGUCAGACUGCUAAACCGAACGUAGAUUCCUCAAAAGAGAGCAAAUGCAGCAAAACGACACCGGAAACCUUGCCGAGCCUUGGGGAUAAAUUCAAACCUGUAUCAGGGACUUGGGAGUGUGACACUUGUUUAGUACAGAACAAACCAGAGGUUACAAAAUGUGUAGCCUGUGAGACUUCAAAGCCUGGGACUGGAGUAAAAUCUGCCUUGAGUUUGCCUGCCUUUUCUGAAAGCAAGUUGACAGUGGGUUCUGGUGGCUCUGGCUCCACCUCCAUCACAACAAUGACAUCUUCGCUGUCUUCUGGGUUCGGCUUUGGGGAAAAGUUCAAAAAGCCAGAAGGAGCCUGGGAUUGCGAUGUAUGCCUUGUACAGAAUAAAGCAGAGGACAUCAAGUGCGUCUCCUGUCAGUGUGCAAAACCAGGUGCUGUUGCAGUACCACCUUCUGGCAUGACUGCCCCAGAACCAUCUGGAGGGCU